UACCAUCCUCCUUAGUCAUUCUGCUAUCUGUCCGUUGGACAGCUCGGGUCAUCGCACAUUAUUCUGUCACACGUAACCACAAUUUGUCAAAACUUGCAGUGUUUAUGUAAUGAAUUGUUUUAUAAUAAAUCAGUAGUAAUCACAAUAAUCAUUUAUGGGUUUAUUUUUGAUACAGCUGUAAUUCUAUCGAUCUACAUAGCAAUGGGCACAGUUCAUGCAAGGGUAGCGCACAAGUAUUGCUUCAACGAGGACGAGGGGGGGCUGUUCGACUUCGACGACAACCCGGACCUGGACGACGAGGAGCCGCCGCCCGCUGUCAACACCAACAUAUCGCUCAAUUCCGUAAAGGCGCGGGUGGAUCGGGUGCAUGUUGACGGCCUGUACCGCACCAAGGAUGACGUCAUCCGGAACACUGUCGGCGACCUAUUCAAGGCCACAGACUUCGAGGACGUCAUCGUGAGAGCACACAAGGCGCGGCAGGAGCUCGACUCUCUCGGCUGCUUCGGACAUGUGUGCGUGUUCAUAGACGUGUCGUCCGGACCAGACGCGACGCCCGAUGGACUUGAGGUGACGUUCCAGGUCCGCGAGUUGUCGCGCGUGGCGGGCGGCGUGAACGCGGCCGUCACCGACGACGAGGGCAGCAUUGUGCUAGGCGUGAAGUUGCCGAACGUGUUCGGUCGCGGCGAGCGCGCCGCAGCCGCCUACAGCCUCGGACUCCGGAACACUUCCAACUUCAACCUCUCCUGCACCAAGCCGAUGCCGCUCAAACCAUACACUCCCGUGCUGUCGGCGUCCCUGUACCAGCAGAACCGCGAGUACCCGUGGUCCGGCUACCGGCUGCUGGACCGCGGCUUGCUGCUCGACGUCGCCUUCAAGACGUCGCCCACGACGAAGCACACAAUCCAGUGGGAGGGGCUGGUGCGCGAGAUGACCGUGCUCAACAAGACCAGCUUCAAGAUCAGAGAGAGUAGCGGGCCGCACCUGAAGUCGAUGGUCCGGCACGUGAUCAGCAUGGACCACCGCGACGAGGCAGUGUUCCCGACGCGCGGCACGUGGGUGCAGGUCAGCACCGAGGUGGCCGGGCUCGGCGGCGGCGUCGCCAACGUCAAGACCGAGCUGCACGCGCAGGCCAACCACAGGCUGCACGAUGAUGUUGUCCUGCAGGCGACGGGCGCGCUGGGCGUGCUGCACGACGUGUUCGGCACGGAGCUGCCGGACCACUUCUUCCUCGGCGGGCCCACCUCCGUGCGCGGCUUCCAGCAGCGCGGCGUCGGCCCGCACAACGACGGACAGGCGCUCGGCGGACGGGUGUACUGGGCGUCGGGCGUGCACCUGUACGCGCCGCUGCCGGUGCCGGGCGCGCGCUCGGGGCUGGGCGCGCUGUUCCGCUCGCACCUGUUCCUCAACGCGGGCGCGCUCGCACUGCCAGGUCAGACACCCACACUCCGCAUACGGCGAGGUACAUACUCACAUGCACACACACUACUAACACACACAUACACAUAACUACACUGUUGAGAACAGACUCGAGAUUUUAACCACACAUCCGGUAACAAUUCUCUAUUACAUUAACUUAAAACAUAUCUAAACAUUAAUUUCUUUGACAGUUUUAUGCCUGGUUGAAGUGAAGUUAUCUCUCUGUGUCUACGUAACUGUAUUUGCUCUGACAGCUUUACUGAACGACGUGGGUUCAAUUCCCACUGAGGACAAAUCUUUGUGUGAUGAGCACGAUCACUUGCUCCGAAUAGUUAAUAGUACUCAAGCUUUGCUUAGUUUACGCUAGAUGGCGCUGUAUGCCAUCGUGGCAUGUUCUCACUUCAAGCUUUGCUUAGUUCGACGCUAGAUGGCGCUGCAUAUAUCUACAUGUAGGCAUGUUAAUUACUUCAAGCAUUGUUUCGUUCGACGCUAGAUGGC